AUGACCAAGAAGAGUCAAAAGAAGUCUAGCAAGGGAGUUACUCUUGACCUGAACACUUUCCUUACCACUCCAACUCACGGCGAAACCAUAAAUUGGGCCGAAGAAAUGGAAGGUGAAGAACCAACAACAACAUCAACAACUACCACAGCUUCAUCAGGUGGACUCACUUUGGAAGAAUUAAGAGCCAGCAGUACCAGUGAUAGCAGCAAAGGUGGUUACUCCAAGGGUGGAUUUGGUGGUUACAGUGCUCGUCAAGAAAGCAACCUUUCUCGCGAGCUUGGAUCAACUGUAUCAAAAGUCAAGCCUCCUUCUUUCUUUUCUGAAGGAGCACCACAAAAAUCAAAAACAUCACAAUUUGAAUCAACACCAUUCCGUGAAGAAAGAAGAGAAAGAAAACAACAUCCACAACACGACUUACCAACAGAAAAGCCAUUUGUUGCUUUCAUUGGAAACCUGAACUAUGAUGUAACAAAAGAAGAUUUACAAGAAUUCUUUGGAGAUUGUAAUCCAAUCAAUGUUUCUAUUCCAAGGGAUAAAGAAACACACAAAAUCAAAGGAUACGGAUAUGUUGAAUUUGAUACUGUUGAGGAUUUGAAGGCUGCUCUUCAACUCAAUGGAGGAAACGUUCUCGAGAGAGCAAUUAAGAUUGAUAUUGCAGCACCUGAAACUGCAAGCAAAGUAUCUUUGAGUAAUAGAGACAAUAACUUUAGACAAAAUAGAGAAGGAGGAUUUAGACAACACAGACAGAGAGAUGAUUUCGAAGAAAGAAGACAACCUCCAUCAAUUGCAGAUAAAUCAGAUAACUGGAGAAGUGGAGGUGAUGAGUUAGGUGACGUUAAUCCAUUUGGUAAUUCAAAGAAGCCAAUUCGUAAACCAAAUCAACAAGAAAACACAUCUCCAUUCGGAUCAUUCAACAGAAAACCAAGAGAAGAAACUAGACAAGAAAGACCUGUUCAAGAAAAACCAGCAAAACCAUCACUUUUCGGAGAGGGUAAAGCAUGGGAACCAAAGGAAAAGGAUUUGCAAGGACCUAACCUAGAUAUUUACACAUCCAAGAAACCAAAGGAAAGGUCAGAAAAGAAGGAGCAUCAAGAGAAGAAGGUCGGAGAAGACAAGGAAUCUGGAUUCCAAACAGCCACUUCAAAGCCAAGAGGUGGAAGACGAUAUGCUCAACAAGGCACUAGAGGAGGUUUUACCAAGAAGAGAGGAGGAGCAAACUCAUCUUCUCGCACCAACAAUGACGAAGCUGAAGGCGAACCAACAGAAAGCAACAAUCCAUAUGCUGCCCUAAGCGAACAAACUGACGAGUAA